GACAAUUUUUAUGGUAAAGUGGUGCAGAGAAACAAAAACAAAUAGAAAAGUGCCUCUAUUUGACAUCUGACUAUACAAAAGUUUCAAAUGUAAACCGGUUGGGAUAUUUGUGUUUAUCAAAAGUUGUUUAAUCGCCGAAAUCAUGAAACGAAUAUUUAACAGGAAUGAAGACAAACCUGCUCCAAGGAACGAACGAAAUGUCUUCGAUUUCGGAUAUCAUAAGAAAAAUGUGCAUAGUCUUCCUCAAUGGUAUGCAUUCGCAUUGGUAGCUGUAGCCCUAGCCAUAAGUUAUGCAAGUCACUAUCUUCUUUUCAAUUUGCCGACCGCACUAACCAUAGAUGACGCUAAAGAUAAUCCGACUGCAUUCAUAGCGGAAAGGGCUUGGGCAGAUUUGAAAGCCCUAAAUGAUAUGGGACCUCGUGUAAGCGGAAGCUAUACGAAUGAAGUGUUGGCCGUUAAUUUCUUGAAGCGCGAAAUUAAUUCAAUCCAACAAGGGGCUCAUCAAAAUCAAAAAAUUCACGCUGACGUACAGGUUGUUAGUGGAGCGUACUGGUUGGGCUUUAAGCCUCAAGGUAUGACCAGCGUCUAUCGGAAUAUACAAAAUGUUGUUGUUAAAUUGGCUGGUAGGAGCGAAGGGAAUGGAAAUCAUUCAUUGCUCUUAAAUUGUCAUUUUGACUCUGUGCCUGGAAGUCCCGGAGCUAGUGAUGAUGCUGGCAGUUGUGUUGUAAUGUUGGAAAUACUCCGGGUCCUUUCAAAACAGUCUAAAGUGAACAAACAUUCCGUAAUAUUUUUGUUUAACGGUGCUGAAGAAACCUCAUUACAAGCAUCACAUGGUUUCAUAACUCAACAUCGUUGGGCUUCCAACGUUAGAGCUUUCAUUAACAUUGAAUCGGCUGGAUCCAAUGGAAAAGAGAUUUUGUUUCAGUCAGGACCCAACCACUCAUGGCUAGUUGAUAUGUACAAACGAUCAGCGCCACAUCCGUUCGGUAACAGUGUCGGUGAAGAAAUCUUUCAAUCCGGAUUCAUUCCAUCCGACACCGAUUUUCGAGUGUUCCGAGACUUUGGCAACAUUCCGGGCCUUGACUUGGCUCAUCCGAUGAACGGCUACCGGUAUCACACCAAAUACGAUCACAUUGACUACAUUUCAGCGCCGUGCUUGCAACGAACUGGUGACAAUGUUUUGGGAUUGGUCAGAAAUAUUGCAAAUUCGGAACAACUCUUCGACGUUCAGAGUCAUGCGAAGGGCAUUAACAUCUACUAUGAUUUCCUUGGACUUGUGUUCAUUUCCUAUAGCCAAAACGUGGCAAUUGUCCUGAAUGUGUUGGUUGGUUUCUUUUCGGUUAUCUUGCCGUACUUAAGUUUGAAGAGGAUCACAAAUGCAAUCCACACCAACCACAUCAGAAAACAAAUGUUCAUCGGAUUUUUCAACAAUAUUAUCGCUGUGAUAUUCUCCGCUGUGUUCUGCUACGGCAUAGCUAUCGAAUUGGAUAGUUCCGACCACACAAUGUCAUGGUAUACGCACAAAAUUUACGCCACAUUCCUGUACGUCAUUCCCGUCCUGCUCACAUUUUGCUUCGUUCAUCGAUUCAUAUUCAAAACCGACAAUUUGCCAAUCAGUUUGAGUCUACAGAUUCAGUCCCGAUUAAUUGGAACGGCAAUUAUGUGGAGUCUGUUGCUUUUAGCAUUGACGGCAUUCAAUUUGCGGUCCGGUUACAUGAUUUUUGUGCCACUGGCGAUUACCCUAUUGUCGAACAUUACAAUCAGCGUCACAAGCGUACAGAAUUCGAUACGCAAAUGGCUGUAUGUGCAUGUGUUCUACCAAUUGUUUGUUCUGUUUUGGACCUUAAACAGUUACCACCUGUUAACGGGCAUAUUCAUACCAAUGAUUGGACGAUCAGGUGGAGAACGAAAUCCGGAGAUAACUGUAGCUGCGAUAUGUACUGCCGUUACCAUUUAUUCGAUUAGUUUCAUCGUACCUCUAAUCGGACUGUUGAACAGAACAAAAUGGAUCUUUGUAUCGAUGAUUGCGAUGUUUUUGAUGGCUCGAAUUUCACUGUCCACCACAAAUAUUGGUUUUCCCUACACUGACGAUUCCGGCAAAUAUCCUACACCACAACGCCAUUUCAUUUCGCACACCGUUCGGACAGUGUACGGUGAAAAUGGACAGGAAAUCUAUUCCGAUUCUGGAUUUUGGGUCCGACAAAUUGAUCGUAAUACACGAAAAACGGUGGAAAGUCUAUUUGCACCGGAGAUACCCGUAUCGCAAGAAGUCAAUGUUGCUUGCUCGAAAACCGUUUUUUGCGGUUUACCAUUCCAUUCGAUGCGUCAUCUAUUUUCAACUGGAUACUGGGUACCUGGACCUGCUCCAAUCAUUCAAGACGAAGCAUCGUUGAAACUAAAUUCCAAACAGAUUGUCAAUGGAAAUGAACGAGAGCUACACUUCACCAUGUCCGGUAAUGUACUCACCUCAAUUGGUCUGCAACCUAAGCCGGGCGUCGAAUUGGUACACUGGGACAUUAUCAGUGAUACACUACCACCGGAAAAUUCAUUCCUCGGGAAUAAAGUGUAUUUGAUAGCCUUCAAUCGCGGAUUGGAUAUCGAUGCAAAGAAUUUUACGCUCAAAUUCAAAAUUGACGAAAAAGUGCACACUGGAUCGUCCGUUGUCGAUGUAAUGUUGGUGUCGUAUUUCUGGGAAUAUCACCAACAACAUACUCCAUUCUUUGCUCAAUUACUCAAUAAGCUACCGUCUUGGGCAUUUGCCGUUCCAUCAGUCUCGUCAUUUAAAGCCUGGACGUUUUGAUAAAUUUUGUUUUGUUAAUAUUUUAUAUCUUCGACUAGCGAUGUGGGCGCAUGAAGACUGAAUGCUGCUUCAAGCGAUCCGAAUAAUUUUACUGAUGUUAUUUUGCAACACCACAUAACUGGUUUGUCGCAGUCAUAUGUGAAGAAUAAAUGUUCUAAAGCCAAA